AUUUUUAAUAUAUUCUUUCAGUGCAAUACAGCAAUUACAACUAUUUCUUUUUUUUUACACUACGAGAGGAACUCCUUCAAAAUGACAACAGAACUUCCAAUCUUUUCCGGCGAUUACGACGUCAAUAUGCUUUCCAACCUUCCCAUCAAUGAUUACUUUAAAAACAACCACCCUAGUGCCUGGCAUCCUAUCCAUUAUGCCAAUAAUUCCGAUGUAUAUGAAUAUGUAGGGUUUGAACAUGGACUCAUCACAAUUGGGAAACAACUUUCCUCCCCCUGCGUGUUUGCUCGAAGGUGGCUAAAGUAUCUGUCCACAAAAAGCGGAAAAAUUCUCAAAGAGCAAGCGGAGGGUCUCUUCGAACUAAAAUUGGCAGCUAUAAAGAAUCAAAUCACAUUCUCAAACGUUCAGGCAAAAUUUUCAACCAAAACGUUUGCUUCACCAUCUGCUGAACAGAAUGAUCCUGUACAACCUAAGACAUUAGCAUUAUCAAGCUCUUCCUCUCAGGUAAGAAUUACAUUUGUUACCAUUACUGGAAAGCGAAAGUGGCAAGGAGACAUUGAGGAUCCGCAGCCCCGAUCAAUGACAUCAACUACUAUGCCAAAUCCAUUUUUGUCCGAAGACGAUGCUUGGCAGGAUUUCGCGUACUUUACAUCGUUCGGCCAGGCGUCAACCUGGACACAUGUUGCUGACGGUCCUGAUGCCAUAGACUAUCUGUCCUUGUUUAAGGAAUACCGAACAGCUCAGAAAACAUCACUGGCGCUUGAUAUGGUCGCAGACGUUUCCACUAGUGGCUCGGAGUCCGGAACGUUUACGGAGUGGAUCAGAAAGAAAUAUGGGUAUGCAGGCUUGAGGAAUGUACGAUAUAGAGCCCCUACCUCGACGGCCAUCAAGGACAUAUGGCCUACGUUCGAAACGGUGAUGGAGCGCAUCUUUGCCCCUGACGUCGUAUCGUAUGAUGAUGUUUGUCGUUCUGUUGCCAAAGAGCCUGAUCAGCUCGAUCCACUCGUGACAUACUGCAGUGCUGUACUGAGGUCAUAUAUGCAUCAUUUUACCUUCAGCAGCACUGUAAGGAAAGACAUCAAUGAGCGGGAGGCGUUCGUGGAUUUCACUUGGUGCUUCAUUCGUUCAGCUCUGACCAUCGCGAAGAUACCAUCACGGAUGUUGGAGGUGCAGAUGGAUGGUAGCAAGGAUCGAAAGGUGGAGACCAAGCAUAAGGGGACACGGCAGAAUACUCCAAGGAGGGCGGAUGGGGUAGGAUUGUAUAAUGACAAUCAGAUCUACGUAGCGGAAGCUGGGCAGGUCUAUGGUGCCACCUUGGAGAAGAAGGAGGAAGAUGCUUGGAAGGUCAAGCGUGCCAUGCGGGAUUCAUGGGUGUCCCAGUUGCGUCGCAUCUGUGAAACGCACAGGCCAACGUCACCAUUGGUGGUGUUUGGGUCAACAUCACAUUUGCAUACGACCAAAUUUUACGCCAUGGAUUUCGUCGGAUGCUUCCGCGUCUCCGUUCUGUCAUCAAUGGUGGUCCCACUGAGCAGCGAUGAUUUCGCAGACAAGAUGAAGGCAUGUAUGUUGACGUGCCUCAACUUCGUCCGUAUACUCUUGGCCGAAAUCGAGAGCCGCAAGAAGGCCACUUUUAUGUUCGAUCAGGAGGAGAAAGAGGAGCUUCUUGAGCUUGUUGCCAGCAUUCCUGCAACCAGCACGACGCCCAUCAAGAAGGAUGAGAAGUAAUUCUUUACUAGAUUCUGCGAUCACUUUGUACAGUAGUUGUCAUCA